UUCUCGCUUGAAUUUUUGCAAGGGAGGCGUUGUAGAGCGGGAGAUGUGCCAAGACCAAUCAGGAAGUAUAGGGCAAGAUUUCCAGGAUUUUCCCAUGAGAAUUUGUUUGAAAGUUUACCUCAAAGCCCAGUGGACAAAGCAUCCGACAGCUAUGCGCGGGACACUCACGGGGAUUGUCGCAAUCGAUCACGUGCUUGGUGGAUCCUCUGGUGCCUGGUACCUCGACACCGAUCUCGUCCACGCACCAACAGCUCCUCUCUCGUUGAUGGCAUUGUAUCCUUUCGAACUCGCCGGUCUCGUUGUUACACUUUGGUAUAAAUUGCGACGGCCCGCGUGGGCCAAGGGCGCGCGAUCUUCUCACGGCUGCCUGCGCCAGCUGUUCACAGCCUGUCAACUGGCCGAUGACGCAUUUCGUACCGCAGGCUGUCUUGCAGCAACGUUCUCCCGACGCCUGACACUGGAAGUCAUUCUCGCAGUUUGGCGCUCUUGCGGGACACACGUUUUGCUCCUCGAAGGCUGGGCAUCGACCUACCGCCUUCAACGAUGGCUCUGCAAAUAUAUAUGCCAGAGGAUUCGCAGUAAUUGAAAACUCUAUCAUCUUAAUGAAUAAGAUUCCAUGAUUACAUAAGAACCUCAAGAUGUAUAUGAGAAACGAGUUUUCUAUGAGCUUGAUUGCUACAACAAAUUGAAGAAGAAACAAUACAAUAUCUCAACGUCGAAAUCAGCAAAAAAAAAAAA